AACAACAACAACAGCAACAGCAAAAACAGCAACAACAAAAAGCUGUAAGGCAACUGCUUCCUUACAUUUAAGCCAACAACAACAGCAGGAGGAGGAGGAAGAAGAGGAAGAACAACAGCAACUGGAUAUUAUUAUUAUAAUUGUCAUCGGGAUUUGGGUGUAUCAAAUCGGAAUCUGUUGCCAUGGGUCGCAAAAAAAUUCAAAUUUCACGCAUCACCGACGAACGCAAUCGACAGGUGACCUUCAACAAGCGGAAGUUCGGCGUUAUGAAGAAGGCCUACGAGCUGUCCGUGCUGUGUGACUGCGAAAUAGCGCUGAUCAUCUUCUCGUCCAGCAACAAGCUCUAUCAGUAUGCCAGCACCGAUAUGGAUCGCGUGCUGCUCAAAUACACCGAAUACAAUGAGCCACACGAAUCGCUGACCAACAAAAAUAUCAUUGAGAAGGAGAACAAAAACGGCGUCAUGUCACCGGAUUCACCCGAAGCGGAGGCCGACUACACGCUCACCCCGCGCACCGAAGCCAAAUACAAUAAGAUCGACGAGGAAUUUCAGAAUAUGAUGCAGCGCAACCAAAUGGCCAUUGGCAGUGUUACGGGUGGUGGCGGCGGUAAUGGCGGCGGUGGCGGCGGCGGCGGCGGAGGUGGUGGUGGUGGUAACGGUGCGCCCAAUCGGCCCAUGCCAAAUACGAGUUAUACGCUGCCAGUAUCGGUACCGGUGCCCGGCUCCUACGGUGAGAAUCUGCUGCAGGCCAGCCCACAAAUGUCCCACACAAACAUCAGCCCACGUCCAUCGAGUUCGGAGACGGAUUCAGGUGGGAUGUCCUUAAUAAUCUAUCCAUCGGGUACCAUGUUGGAGAUGUCAAACGGUUAUCCACAUUCACAUUCGCCGCUUGUGGGAUCACCCAGUCCAGGCCCCAGUCCUGGCAUAGCGCAUCAUUUGCCCAUUAAGCAGCAAUCGCCGGGCAGCCAGAAUGGAAGGGCUUCCAAUUUGCGUGUCGUAAUACCGCCCACUAUAGCGCCGAAUAUGUCUGCGACAGCGGACGAUGUCGCCUAUGCAGAUCCGCGCCAGAGCCAGACGUCACUGAAUACGCCGGUUGUGACGCUGCAGACGCCGAUGCCGCCGCUGACUAGCUACUCGUUUGGGGCGCAGGACUUUUCGCAGUCGGGUGCGAUGAGCGCGGACAUAAUGAGCCUGCCGCAGUGGCAUCAGGGUCUCGUGCAGCACACUAGUCUAUCGCAUCUGGCUGUCUCGAAUAGCACACCGCCGCCCGCCAGCUCACCCGUCUCCAUCAAGGUCAAGGCGGAGCCGCAGUCACCGCCGCGCGAUCUCUCCGCCAGCGGCGGCGGUGGUGGCCAUCAGCAUAAUAGCAACGGAUCGACGGGCAGCGGCUCCAGCAGCAGCAGCACCAGCAGCAAUGUAUCCACAGCCGGUGGCGUUGCCAAUGUUCUGACUGCCAUCAAUGCACAGUUGGGCAGCGCAAGCGUGCUAACGGGAACACCUGGCGGUGGUGGGACAAACGGCAGCGCCGAGCAGGCCACCAACCUGAGCGUUCUAAGUCAUUCGCAACAGCACCUGGUCAUGCCCAAUUCACGGCCCUCAUCCACCGGCCAUAUAACACCCACACCAGGGCAUGAUAAGUAUGAAGGAUAUCCGUACCGCGCGCUUAUGGGACAUAAUUCUAGAUGGAAUUUUGCCGGUGCGCCUGGCAGCGAACAGGAUGUGCGCCUAGCAGCCGUUGCCCAACAACAACAACAACAUCAGCAGCAACAACAACAGCAACAGUUGAGUGAUUACGAUGCGCCCAAUCACAAAAGGCCGAGAAUAUCUGGCGGUUGGGGCACAUAGCCGGCACGUGGCCCUGCUUCAAGCAACUAUAAGCUACAGUCGCAACAACAGCAACAACAACAAGAACAGCAACAUCACAACAUCAGCAACAAGAAGCCAGUCAGCAACAGCGAUGAUCUGGCAAUGAUGCCGCCGCCACAGCGCAAAGAGACGUCUGCAAAUCGUGCGUUUCUAAAUGUGCCCAAUUAUGGUCAGCGUGGCAGCGGCUAUGAUUGCUAUGGCCAACAUCUGGCUGUUAACUAUGGCAUGCAGCAGCAUGAGGCGCAGUAGCGAGAAGCGUGUAGCGAGUAGCGAGUAGCGAGCAGCGAUAACAACAUCAGCAACAUCAUCAACAGCAACAGCAAGAACAGAGCACAGAACCGUUUCCAGACCAGUGCAAUAGUUUUGAUUAGUCAGCUGGAAGCGACAAGUUUUGUUAUUGUUUUUCAUAGCUUAAGCAAAAAACAAGUGACAGUGUCAUAUCUACAAUUAUUGUCUAAUAUAUAAUUUA